AGUUUACCACUUUCUUCUUGCAGUCUCGUCAGCUAGAAAAAUCUUCGAUCCGUGCUCUUAUCAUUAGAAUUAUCAAAAGCUGAGCUACAAUAUAUCAACUCAUACUGUCUUGGAAAACAGCGUACUCUUGAUUCAUUAAAAUGAAUUUCGUAGGCAUAUGUCUUCUGACAGUAGUUAGUGUUGCAGUGGCGAUUCCGCUUCCUGAAUACGACGCUCCGACGCUGUUAUGGCCGCCAUUCUAUGACGAACUCGUCGAUCCCGAAAGUAGAGAUGUACCUUUACUGUCCUUACAUUUCAACCCCAGACUUCUCAGCGCCCCGUCUGCUUUCAGAAAUAGGGUUCCCCUAGCUCCCCCAUCUUACGAACCUGAUUUAGAGGAUCAGGACUUGCCAGACGUGGAAGAAGUCAACGCUGUUGAUUUGGACCCGAAGGAUGAACACGAUCAAGGAGAGCUUGACAGCAAGACAGAGGCUGCCCCUAAAGCCGAAGAAGUGAAAUCUCGGUCUCGUCGUCAACUCAACAAUCCCAAUUUGAGCUUGGACACACAAUCGAAACGUCCUCGCUUUGACCUGAACGGUGGCGGUUACUUAAACAACAACAAAGACUACGGCUUCGGCUACUCCGGGGGCGUGGGCUCCCUGCUGUGGCGUAGCAACAACGACAGACACUCGCUCGGGGCCUCAGUCUCUGGGUCCGGAUACCACGGCAGAUUUGGGGACUUCAAAUUCAAUCAGUCUCCGUUCCGGAAUCCCACGUACGGAGUUGGUUACACAUACCGUUUCUGA